CUUCAUGUUGAUUGUUCUUGGCCUUUUUGAUUUUGUAUUUAACCUAUAUUAAAAAGUUAGUACCUUCUUUCCGGCAGAUUAAAGAAUAAAUUUUAUCUUGUUUUGACGUUUCUAAUAUUAUCUACUAUAUUCUAAACGACCAAUCUUGAAAAAAUCAAGCUAUGUCUUUCUUCAGUCGUUAUCUAAUUCCAGCUUUGUUUCGAGAUGUCCAAAAACAAUCGAAAGUCAAUAUUAGGACGUUUCAAAGAUCUGCUCCGCUCUGUGUAGCAAAAGUUCAGCAAGCAGCUCCAGAUUUCAAAGGCUUAGCUGUCGUCGGGGGAAAUGACUUUUCAGAAAUAAAACUAUCCGAUUAUAAAGGAAAAUACCUAUUACUCUUCUUUUACCCCUUGGAUUUUACGUUUGUGUGUCCAACAGAAAUUUUGGCAUUUAGUGACCGUAUUGAGGAGUUCAAAAAACUGAAUACAGAAGUCGUUGGGGUCUCAGUUGACUCACAUUUCAGCCACUUGGCGUGGAGUAAUACUGAACGCAAGGCUGGUGGCUUAGGACCAUUAAAAUAUCCUCUUCUCUCUGAUAUUACAAAAAAAAUUUCUUUGGACUAUGGAGUGCUGCUUGAAAAUGAAGGAAUUGCACUACGAGGCACAUUUAUUAUUGACGCUAAUGGUAUUUUGCGUCAAUACUCUAUCAACGAUUUGCCAGUUGGAAGGUCAGUUGAUGAAUGCUUACGAUUAAUUAAAGGCUUUCAGUUUGUUGAAAAACACGGCGAAGUCUGCCCAGCUAAUUGGAAUCCUGAAUCCAAUCCCGAUACUAUUAAGCCAGAUGUAAAGGAUUCUAAGGAAUAUUUUGAAAAGCAUGGCUAGUCGAAAGAUUAAAGCAUACAUAAAUCUUUUAACUUUGUUGUUUCUGUUCUUUUGAUUGUCCAAAAGAUAAUCAGCCCUAUCAUGCAUUCCAUCGUAGUCGGAAAUUUUUACGAAUCCCGAAAAACUAUCAUGAAAUACAUUCGUAAUGCAAAAUUGUAUGAGAUUUACCACUACGAACUGAUUUCAUGAUACAGUUUUUCGGGAUUCGUUAAAAUGUACGAUGGAAUUCAUGAUAGGGCUGAACAUUGUUUUGAAUCAAAUAAAAAACUAAAAAAAAAUGUCCAUAAAAAGAAAAUUUCAAAUUUACGCUUGCAAUUAAAUUUAAAAAUAAUUUCCUAUUUUUAAAUGACAAUAAAUUGGAGUUCUUGAUUGUUA